AUGAGACUCAAAAACAAAUUAUAUUUAAAGAUUAGAAGAUUACCAAACCAAUAAUUUCAAGAAGUGCUUGAGAAGUUAAACUCUAAGAAUAAGAAAUAAAAACCUAAAAAAGAUAAUCUGAAUAAUAGAUAAGACUAAGAGAAUUAUACACUAAGCAAAGUGAGUUAGACACUAAAUAAGGUGAAUCAGACACUAGACUAGGUGAAUUAGACACUAAACCAGGUAAAUUAGUAAUAAACUUAGAUAAAUGAGAUCAAGGAAAAAUUAGAAUAAAAUGAAUGUAAUUGCAAUUGCUAUAUAUUUUGA